AUGUUGCCUGCCACAAGCAAGUACUGCUCCGGGCAGGAGAAGACGGAAGUGUUGGUCAUCACCCGGUGCGACUACGAAAUGUAUGCUGGGAAGCUCCACAAGCUCUUCAUCGAGCAGCGUGUGAAAUUCCUGAGGCAGUGCCCGCUGAUUGAGCAGGCGCUGCAGCAAGGCCUCGUGUCGACUGCAGAUAUUGCCUCCAUGGCUAACUGCCUGAACGAGAGGAGCUUGAACGGCAAUCAGAUCGUAGUUCGCCAGGGUGAACCGGUUGAGUGCAUGAUCUUCGUACGCUCCGGUUCCCUUGCCAUGUUGCGCCUUGUGGAAGUGGAUUCGAGAGAGCCUCGGCGCGGGGCUGAUGCCUUCGACCAGGGCAAAGAUGGGAAGAGGCAGCCGGUGAAGGAAGGCAGCGGCGCUGCUGGACAAAAGGCUGUUGGGAAGACGGCUUCUGGGAAUCCCAUCAACUUGGCCAAGGCCAUGAUAGAGAUGAAGCGAAAAGAGAGGGACCUGCAGCUCGCAGCUGUCUACAUGAAGAACCCAAGGUCGGGCACUCGGAGAGAGAGCUUGGCUGAAGCCACGGCCUAUACCGAACGUUUCUUUGGGAGGAGAGCCUCCUUCGAAGGGGCGAAGCUUCCUGUGUCAGAGGAGGAGCUCGCCCGCGCAGAAGCUGAAGAUGCGAUGACUGCCACGGCCAGCCUGGUGACGUCUGCCACCGCGAAUGCUGGCAAGGGGCUUUGGGGCAAAUUGCGGAAGGCAACAAGACAGGCUGCGACAAUUUCGGCCGUUGCAGAGGCGCUGGACCAAGUCCAGGCUGAAGCGGAGGACAAGACCUUGCCUGGGAAGGCAAGACAUCGAAAGGCUGCGCCGGUGCAAAAGCUUCUCCGAGUCGGCUCCGUAGGUGCGUUCCAGUACUUCGGAGACAAGGAGGUUUGCAACUCCGAGGUUUUUCCGUGCAGCCUCAUGAGCGACCCCAUCGCUGACAUCUACAUCAUGAGCAAGCACGACAUCUCCAGACGGCUGCCCAAGAACUUGUUCUCCGCCCUUUUCAGCCAAGACAUUCAGAAAGAACCGACGGACGCCCACCUUCUCGGCAUGCUCAGGCAGAACGAGCGUUGGUUCACGUUCCGUCGGAGCAUGCAUGCAGAGGUGCUUAUUGGCCGGGAGCAGGACCGCGGUGCCGUAUUUCGGGCCACUGCUGCGGAGAAGCGGAUCGAUGCAGCAGCAAACUUCGAAUUUCUGG